AUGGAUAUGUCUGCCCCUCUUCUCAGCAACUAUGGUGUUGGUGUUCAGUACCACUGGAGUUAUCCCAGUUCGGACUCUGAGUUUUAUAACGUCUCCUCUCCAGAGACCUGCAUCCUCUCCCCUUCUGCCUACGUGGACUUCUCAUCCUCCUGCCUGCCUCGGGGGACCGCCACAGAACCUCACAGGUCCACACACUCUGGAGGAGCCAAGGCGUCCGCUUCCCCAUCCUCCAGCGACGAGGGAGGACCCUCCGGAGGGAGGAUUAGAAAGAACCGCUCCAAGAACCCCAGCAAGCAGAGACAGAGUGCCAGCGAGAAGGAGAAGCUGAGGAUGAGAGACCUGACCAAAGCCCUCAACCACCUCAGGACCUACCUGCCCCCCUCUGUGGCUCCGGCUGGACAGACUCUGACCAAGAUCGAGACCCUGCGCCUCACCAUCAGGUACAUCUCCCACCUGUCGGCCCAGCUAGAGCUCAGCGAGGAGGCUGUGUGUCAGAGGAAGGAGCUGAACCUCACCGUGUCAGGACACCACGUAUCGCCUCAACAAGAUUCUGUGGGCCUGUGCCAGUUCAACACCUCCUCCUCAGGGUACUGCUGGGCAACGCCCACGUACCCGCUCCACAACACUGGGAUGGAGAGGCACCCACUCAGCAGUGAGAUGGACACGUGUGCUUACGACAACAGCUUCAACUCCAGUUUGGAUUCGCUGUUGGAAUCGCCAGAGUAUGCAGAGGCUUCACAGUCAUGUCAGAUAUACAGAAAAGAUGUCCACUAUCAGAACAUUCCUCAAGACUUCUGGAUGUAA